UUGUGAAAAGGUGGCGCGGAGCAAUUAGACGCAAGUGCUUCUCUCUGUCUUUCUGCUGACUGCAGCUCAGAGGAGGACUGGAAACUGAAAGUUGUUGGCACAACUUCAUGCGUGAUUUUUUGAAGCGGAUUCCUCACUUGGAGAUCUUGGACUGAACCGGCUGCUCACUGAAUAUGCGUCGUCACAUCUGGCGUUCACGCUUUUAUUUCCACAGAAUCCGUUUUUAAGCUCAUAUUAAAGGAAAACGAGACACAAAAAAAGUGUGUAAAUGUGAAUAUUUAUCAGUUUCUUCUUUUUGUUGUUGUUAAAGUAUUAUUGUGUUGCCUCCACUUUCUCCUGAGGGGCCUUAUUCAUUAGUGAGCACAAUCUACUUCAUCAGGUUACACGCGCGGAGCUACGUGACUCCACUCAUUCUCCGCGCUACUAAACCGGGAGCAGAUGACUUGGAAAAUCCCUGGCAGCGAGUUUUUUUCUGUUUGCUUCUGUUUCUGAGUAUUUUGGGACUUUUGUUGGAUUUUUUUUUUCCGCCACUAUCUCCAUCGGGAGCCAUCGCCACUCUCCACGCACAGACGUCACGUCACGAAAUGUUACUGGGUUUUGUCAUCGGGACUGUGGUGGCGCUUUAUCUGCAGUUCUCACCUGCACAGAGUCUUCCCUUGGCAAGUAUAAACAGUACAAUGGAAGUGCUUGUGUUUGAAAAAGUUUGGGGUCGCAGCUUUUGCCGCACCAUUGAGAAGCUGGUGGAGGUGGUGCAGGAAUACCCAUCGGAGGUGGAGCACAUCUACAGCCCCUCCUGCGUUCCCCUGGUGAGGUGCGCUGGCUGUUGCGGAGAUGAGAACCUGGAGUGUCAUCCCACUCAAACCACAAACGUUACCAUGCAGCUUUUGAAAAUCCGGCCAUCAGAACAAGGUCAAGAAUAUGUUGAGAUGACGUUUGUGGAGCAUCAAACAUGUGAAUGUAGAAUCAGGAAACCUGUUGUGAAGGUUCCAAAGAAAAGGCGAAGAGGAAGGAAG